AUGGCCACCGUCAAAGCACUUGCUCAAUCCCCAAAUCUUAAGUCCCGCCCUUCUGACUUCGCUCAUCUCAAGGAUCAAGAAAAAUCCAUUGAAACAAACCUUGAAGUCAACAAUAUUAUUCCGGUCAUUGAUGUUUCCCUUCUCUCCUCAACCAAUCCAGACGAUCGUGCAAAAGCCAUUCAUGACCUCGGCAAGGCCUGCGAGGAAUGGGGCUCCUUCAUGGUUGUAAACCAUGAGAUUCCCGAAAUGUUGACCAAUCAGUUGUUUGAUGCGUGCAAUGAGUUCUUCAAUCUGUCCGAAGAGGAAAAACAUCAGUUUGAUAAGAUCAAGAAUAAUAUGAGGUUCCCGAUGAUGGUCGGAUCCGGCUUCGCGGGAUCUAAUCCUGCAAACGGAAAAGGCUUGUGGAGGGAUUAUAUGAGGUGUUAUGUGCAUCCCGAGUUCUCUUGUCCUGAUAAACCCAAGCAACUCAAGUAA